AAACUAAAAUAUGACAAACCAAGAAACAAAAUUGCGUCACGAAGUGGCAAAAAGGCUGGACGAGAACAUCUUCGACAAGCAUUAUGCGAAGGGUUCUUUUGUAAUGUAGCUCGCAGGUGCAGCACCUUUGGUAAAGGUUUCCGUACAAUGGAUGGUCAUGGAACUACUGUUUUUAUCCACCCUUCAUCAACGCUUUUCGGGUGCGAAGAUCAGCUUGACUGGAUUAUCUUCAACGACAUUAUAUGUACUUCAAAAAUAUACGUCAAAACUGUGUGUCCGAUACGAUAUGAAUGGAUUAAGGAUUUAAUGCCUCGGUUGCAUGAAGCAAAUGCUUACAUUUUAUCGGGUUGGACAAGAGAAGAUCAGCUAUCAGAAGAAAAUACCAAGUCGUUCGCUGCUUGCAGCGAAACAAACAAAGACAAGGAAUGUCCUGGCACAGCUCAAGGAGACCAUCUUAGUUUGGCUAAGAGAAGCACAAGUGAUACCAUAGAGGCAGCAAGACAACGUUAUUUGGAGAGAAAGCGAGUGCGGUCUUCUUUAUAUGACUAAGUAUCAAAAGCACWUUUAAUUUGAUACCUUAUACUUCCAAAUAAAAUGAAUCUUUUUUUUAUA